AUGCAAGCAGUCAAGUGUGUCAUUACUGGUGAUAAUUGCGCUGGUAAAACUGAGCUUUUGAUAUCUUACACAACCAAAAAAUUUCCUAGUGAAUAUAUGCCUACAGUUUUUGAUGAUUAUUCAGUUAUUGUCAUGUAUGGUGGUAAACCAAUUAGUUUAGGUCUUGUUGAUACAAGUGGUCAAGAAGAUUUCAAUCGCCUUCGUUCUCUCUCGUAUCCUCGAACAGAUGUAUUUUUGGUCUGUUUUUCUGUAGUCUCACCAGCUUCUUUUGAAAAUGUCAAAAGUAAAUGGAUUCCUGAGAUUCGCCACCAUUGCCCAGAAAUUCCAUACCUGAUUGUUGGUACUAAAAUAGAUUUGCGGAAUGAUCCAUCGGAAGUUGUAAAGUUAUCACAAAAAGGGAUAAGACCCAUAACUUGGAUGCAAGGCAAAAAACUAUCACAAGAAUUAGAAGCAAUUAAGUAUGUUGAGUGUUCAGCCCUUAUGCAAAAAGGAUUAAAAAGUGUUUUUGAUGAAGCAUUAUUCGCUGUUUUAAACAUAUCUGAUCUAAGGCAUGCUAAAAAGACUAGAAAUAGAAUGUUGUCCUUGAAUAUGUCUUUAUUAAAUAAAAUGAAGUAUAAUAAAACCGUUGCUCUUAAAGAAUUUUUUGGAACUCAUGAUAAGCCGACAUUUUUUUUGGCGGAGGAGCCAAGAUUUCUGGACGAAAAUGACAUUAAAGUCAGAAAUGAAUUUUUGACAGCAGAUAAAAUCAUUCCAACUCUAUCAUUUACUUCACAAACUCAUCCAAACGCUGUAUAUACAAGUAGGCUUAUUGACACCAAAAAUAUUUUAAAUUCUUAUACGUCUAUUGACACUACAGGUUUGCGAGAUUCUUUUCAAGUUAAAUUUAUGAUUCCUGAUCAAGACAGCUAA